AUGGAUCAAAAUGGUCUACACAAGAACAAGGACAAAGUGGAAGCAAUCUUAAAAUCACCAAAACCGUCAAAUGUGUCAGAGCUACGAACAUUCCUGGGCUUGACUAAUUACUACCAGAAAUUUAUUCCCAAUUUGAACACAAUCUUGAAUCCACUACACAAUCUAUUAAAGGCACACACUAAGUUCGUUUGGACCAGAGAAUGUGAUAAAUGCGUUGAAAAAGUUAAGGCUGAGAUAGCUAGUGACCGGGUCCUUGCUCAUUUUGAUGAAAAUGAAACCUUAGUACUAGCCACGGACGCUUCUCCAGUCGGAUUAGGAAUUGUUCUUUCUCACCGCUACAAAGAUGGUACUGAACGGCCAAUUUCAUUCGCUUCUCGAUCUCUCACUGCAAGUGAGAAAAAGUACAGUCAGAUAGACAAAGAGGCACUGGCGAUUUACUGGGGAUUGAAGAAGUUCUACCAUUAUUGUUAUGGCAGAAAGUUUAUCCUUGUAACAGAUCAUAAGCCACUUGUUUCAAUCUUUGACCCAUACAGAACCUUACCUACUAUGACUGCCACACGUAUUUUCAAUUACGCUCACUUCCUCUCUGGCUUUGAUUAUACUAUUGAAUAUAGGAACACCAAAUCACAUGGUAAUGCAGACUACAUGUCUCGUUUUCCUAAUGAGCAUCCACCGACAAAUCAAAUCGAUCAACACGAAGCCUUUUUCAUUAAUCAAAUUGAAUCAAUGCCUGUAACACAUGAAAAUAUUGCAAAUGAAACAUCAAACGACGAUGAGCUAAAACCUCUUUUGAAAGCACUUCAAGAUGGCACGGAUUUAGAACAUAUUGGCUUGAAGAAUAAUGAGUAUUCACUUCAUGAUGGCUGCAUUUUUCGUGGUUCCAGAGUAGUAAUUCCUGAAAAACUACAAGGAAAAGUACUCAAUGAACUUCAUCUAGGACACUUAGGAGUUGUGAAAAUGAAAAAUCUUGCAAGAAGUUUUUGUUACUGGAAACACAUUGACCGUAACAUAGAAGAUCUAGCAAAGUCUUGUCGUCCAUGCUGUUUGAAGCAGAAUCUUCCUGAAAAAGUAGAUGUCCAUCCUUGGCUGGUUCCAUCAGGACCUUGGCAACGAAUACACAUCGACUUUGCAGGUCCAAUUUAUGGGCAAUACCUUUUUGUUAUCGUUGAUGCCUAUUCAAAGUGGGUUGAAGUCAUACCAACCAAAACUACAACAUCUAAUUGGUGCAUUCAACAGCUCAGGAAACUCUUCUCCACCUUUGGUUACCCGUUCACGUUAGUCUCUGACAAUGGCCCUAACUUCACAUCAUCUAUUUUCAACCAAUUUCUACAAGCUUGUGGCGUCACACACAAAUUCUCUGCCCCCUAUCACCCUGCAACCAACGGACAGGCAGAGAGAUUUGUUCAGACUGUAAAGAAACAGUUAAUAGCAAUGGAGAAUGAUGGAGGAGAUUUGCACUUCAAAAUAAAUCACAUCCUAAUGUCACUAAGGAAUGCCACAAAUGCUACAGGGUCCUCGGCAUAUGAACUUAUGUUUGGGAGACGGAUAAGGACAAGGCUGGAUCUUAUGAAGAAACCCCAAGAUCACACAGAAAUGCCCGACGGAUGUACUAAAAUCAAAAGAGAGUUCCGGGUGGGGGACAGGGUUCAGGUGCGCAAUUUCGGAAAAGACGGAAAGUGGAAAUUUGGAAACGUAAGAAGGAGAGAAGGAUUGGUGCAUUAUCAAAUCGAGAUGGACAAUGGGCAGGUUUGGAGAAGGCACAUUAACCACAUUCGGCCGUGUAAAUUUGAGGGGGAGGAUUAA